GCGCGCUUCCGGCGCGGGAUAAUGACGUCAAGCCCCGCGAAGAAGCAGAAUCGCAACUCGCGCGCAGAGGAAACGAAGGCGUGUAAAACUUGAUCAAACCGUGUUGACAUGGCUCGAGAUUUCAAACCUGGAGAUCUUAUAUUCGCUAAGAUGAAAGGAUAUCCACACUGGCCCGCGAGGAUCGACGAGCUUCCGGAUGGAGCUGUCAAACCAUCCAACGCAAAGUUUCCAAUCUUCUUCUUCGGCACACACGAGACUGCAUUUCUGGGCCCUAAAGACAUCUUUCCUUAUUUACCAAACAAAGACAAAUAUGGCAAACCCAACAAGAGAAAGGGCUUCAACGAAGGUCUGUGGGAGAUUGAAAACAACCCUAAAGCGGAACUGGACGGACCUAAAGUCAUGCACGCCGAAGCUGCUUCAGAUAACGAGCAGAGCGGCGGUGAUGUGGAGAAAACUCAAGAGAAGAAGAGAAAGCAACCAGAAGACACCACAGAUGACACGAGAGGGAAAAAGAAAAAGGUUGGAGACGAUCAUGAUUCAGACACUGAAAACACGAGCCCUGUUUCAAGCCCUACUGCUGGACAAAUCCCAUCCCAGAAACGCAGAGGAAGAAAACCCAAAAGCAUGCUGCUGCUCCAACAACAACAAACAUCAAAGGAGCCACAAGGGGGCGUGACCAACAUUCAGACCUUAGAUGAAGAAGAGAGCAAGAAGACAGAGAGGAGGAAGAAGAAGGAUGACACUAAGGAUGAUAAAAAGGAUGCAGAAGGAAAGAAGAAGAAGCAUGACAGCUCUUCAGAGUCCGACAAAGAAACCAAGCAAGUUGCAUUGGAGCCACCUGUAGAAACAGACAAACCAGACCAGCAGAAAGAUUUAGGAAAAGAUGUAAAGAAAGCAGACAAAAGAAAGGAAGUAUCUACAGAGUCCAGAAUUCUUAAGUUACACGCCGAGAUCAAGAUAUCUUUAAAACUGAAUAACCCCGAUGUAAAGAAAUGUCUGUCUGUGCUGGAUGAGCUGAGCUCGCUGCAGGUCACCACACAACAUCUUCAGAAACACUGCGAGCUCAUAGCCACGCUGAAGAAGAUCCGGAGGUUCAAGGCCAGCCAGGACGUGAUGGACAAAGCUGCAAUGCUGUAUAAUAAGUUCAAGAGCAUGUUUCUGAUGGGAGAAGGCGAAGCGGCGCUCAGCCACGUGUUGAAUAAAAGUCUGGCUGAACAGAGACAAUUCGAAGACGCCAAAAAGGGAACGAUGAGAAAAACAGAAGAGUCCAAAGAGCAAAGCGACAACAACUCCAAUCCUGAGAAGGAUGCUGUGGCCGAGAAAUCCGGAGAGGAUUCCCCGUCUCUGGAUAAAAACAAUGAGAGCAUAGAUAGCAAUAUGUCAUAACACACAUACUUUUUACCAUUUUAUGUUUGUCCAAGGUUUAAACAUUUCUUAAGUCACCUGACCACUGGAUGUUUCAUGUUUUUUUUUUUAUAUUUGCACACCCAAGUGUCUUUUUUUACAAAAGUGCAUUCACAAGUAGCAGUUGUUUUAAACUUGUCGUUUUACCAGAGAGCUGCUUGUUGUAAUGUGUUAUUUUUGUGCAUUUCGUUUUGUAAACAAGUAGAUUUUAUAUAGCAAAGUAUAUAUAAGGAUAAAGCUUAGUAGACAAACCAUAAAGAGUGUUAUCUUACAAAAUGUUAGUCGAAAUAACUGCAUAGUAUGCAACUAACGUGCUUAACAGUGACUUUGGUGUCUUUGUCACGUUUACAUGAGUUAGAUGUUUUAGCUUUGCUCUGCUGCUACACUUUUAUUUUGAUUCACGUUCAGAUUGUUAUUUCUGUUUGUUUUAGUGUUCAUGCCCAUAAGACUGCCAUCAUGAAACCUGUUUAUAUAACCUGUGCCAUUUUAAUAAAGCAGUGUUCGCCUCGAAAUAUAAA